GUGGCUCGGUCACUUGGGCAAGCGCUAACGGUAAAGCGCUGCAGGGAAACACAAUGAGGAAGAGCCGCCUGGCUUUCAAGCCAAAGUGAACACGUGACACAGGGGGAGUAUUAAAGCUCAGGGGUGAUGCGGAUACCUCUGAAGCACGAUGUUCUGGUUUCAAGAAGGACUGUGCGGCUUACCAGCCUUUCUGGUAGUUUGGUCAUCAAGCACCUUUAUAGUCAACUACAUAAUUGCCCUGUACAAAGGACAUGUGGACGUGGUCUUCCCGUACAUAAGUGACACUGGGGCGAUCCCUCCAGAGAGCUGCAUUUUUGGCCUGAUGUCAACAAUCACAGCCUUUGCAGGGUUUGCCACCAUGUUUGCCAGAUAUAAAUUUUUGGAGAGACAGAAUGAGAUAACAGGUGGAGUGAGUCCUGCUCUGAACAAAGCUGCUCUCUUCUUUGCCGUCACUUCUUGUUUGGGCAUGUGUGUUGUAGCUACAUUCCAGGAAACUACGGAGGGGACAGUCCAUGACAUUGGUGCCUUUAUUUUCUUCCUUUCUGGCGUGGUUUACAUCAUUCUUCAGACCAUAAUCUCACAUAAGGCUCAUCCUUAUGGUGCUUCAAAGCGUGUGUGUUAUAUCCGCACCAUCUUUGCCAUUGUGGCCUUCGUAGCAGCAUUUCCAACUAUCAUUUUUGCUUUUUUGGUGAAAGUAACCAAGUUGCACUGGAACCCAGAAGACGAGAACUACAAAUUCCAUUUGGCAAGUGCUGUGAGCGAGUGGAUAGUCUCCUUCACUUUUGUCUUCUUCUUUUUCACAUAUAUACAGGAGUUCAAGCAGUUCACCCUGAAAGUGAAAGCUGAAUUACUGGAGUUUACAUGACUGUACCGUUACACUGCGACUGCGACACUUUGUGCGAUUAUUCAAGUGUUUUUUAAUUUUUUUUUAACGAAUUUAUAUUUUUUACAGACUGUAACCAUUUUAAAUGUGUGCAAUCAAUGUGUGUUCAAAUGUCAAAUGUGUGUUUUGUAAUCAGUCUCCGUUGUAUAUAUAUAUUUUUUUUUUACUUUUGUAUAUGUAACUAAUCACAAAGGCAUAAUUACAGAAUUUACUGUAUUCCAAACAAGGACCUACGUUAUUGGUAACAGUAUUGCACUUUAGUCCAUGUAAUUUUAAUGUUGCCCAACUAAUAAUGUGAUCCAGCAAUAAAAUAGUCAUAUGAUUACCCA